UCGUAGGAAACGGUGUUCGAGAUGCGGAUAUACUCGCCUUGGUAGGUAUGGCACCUGGUAAUUUCAGGACAGAAGAUCAGAGGCUUGAGGCGGAAGAUUCAGUUUUCAUGUGUUUAACUUUGAGAGUUUGUUGGCGAUAUAAGAGUUGA